UGACAUCAGUGUUUGCAGACGAGCAGCUGCAGCGCUGAAGGAAAGAGCACUUAACCCGCUUUCUCAGCCCUUUGUUCGUUUGAGCUGAAAAUUUCUGGUUUAUCAUCAAAUGCUAGCAAGACAUCGUCUGCAGGUUAUAUCUGCACGAUUUUGGUUUGAAAGCACAUUUGACCCUGUAAGAGCUGCACUUCUGGUUAGGAGUCAUGCAGAAGACACAGACUGAAGGGGUUUGGGUUGAUUGUGCUCCACAGCGGCUGUCCUGGAGUGGCCUGGUGCAGAAACUCAGCAGCAGUAACAGCAUAGACUCUGACUCCGAGCACAGUGGUGCAGAUGAUUGCUCAGAUACUGGUUCUGUAUCUCUUCACGACUUGUCUGCUCUGGAAGCUGACAUGUUCUAUGACCCAAUGGAGGAGAGCCUCUGCAAAGAAGUCGUCCAACAGAUUGCUCUUAGCCUGAUUGAAGCGAAAGGCUGCACACUGCACUGCUCCAAACUUCUCAUCCCCAACAAGCUGCUGGAGCACAUAGGGAGUGAGCUGGUGCAGCUAGCCUUGAGUGAGCCGUGUGGCCUCCGGGGGGCGCUCAUAGAUCUGUGUGUGCAGCAGGGAGAGCUGUUUCACAGUGUAAGCCAGAUUGCUGCUGACCCCUGCCUUGUACCCACCUUCCAGCUCACGCUCGUCCUCAGGCCUGAGUCAGGAGGCAUCUGGCCAAAGAUCCAGGGCUUGUUUACUGCUAAAUCCUCAUCGAUGCCUCUAAGAGGUGCCCUAAAACUCAGCACUGGCUUCAGAGUGAUCAAAAGGAAACUGUACAGCUCUGAAGAGCUGCUUAUUGAAGAGUGUUGAGCCCCAAGGACCAAAGCUGACCCUUUGAGACAUUCUGGCUUUGUUGGGUCACUUCUAGUGAUCUGAGGGCUGUUCUCAACCGAGUGACAAUACUGUGUCCAUUGACUUUAUACUGAAGACAUAACCAGAUAUUGCAGGUCUCAUUUUGUCAUGAGGGUGCUCAUGCAAAAAGAGCAUAGGGUACACAAAUGUAAAAGCAUUCUUCUAUUCACUGAUUGCUGUGUAUAUUAUAGAUACUGCAUUCAUAUAUUGCACUCCUUUCGGGCAGUUUUUGAACCUGUCUGAUGCCGUUUUGUUGACUGCUUUGAAACGUUUACCUCACUUUUUUUUUAUUAUUUUCUGAAAGCAACUGUGGCAGCUACUUCAUCAACCUGAUUUACCUGUGUCAUAAGUUUUUUGUUUUUAUCUAGUGAGCACCAUUUCAUGAUCCAAGUUUGAUCCUUCAUUAAAAUGGACUCUUGGCAUCUUAAAUGUUUUUAAACACAUCAUGACAUGCAUAUUCACUUGUGCAUCAUUAUUAUUUAUUUGAUAUUCAAAUACUGUUACAUUUUAUAUGUGCAUUAAGGAAUCAGAAAAUAAAUUAUUUUUGAAGAAAUA